AUGAAUGGCUUUGAAUCAAGGUCAUCAGAAGCCAUAGUUUGUGGAGAAGAAUAUAAUAGUGUAUUAACUAUUAUGAAUAUGGUACAUAAAGAUAAAUCAGGAAAACUCCAACCUCAGUUGAUACAAGAAAAAUUAAGGAUCUGGAUAAACAAGUUUGGAUAUGAUUCAGAAGAUGAAAAUGAGAGCAAGAUAAAUUUAAUAAAAUAUUUGAAAAGAUACAAAAAUAUCUUAAUGAAGAAUUUAAGGAGAAGUUGUUCAGAAUUUACAUGGCCAGAAGGAGAGACUAUAGAAGACCCCAUCUUUGAAAGAAAUGAAAUUCAAGAAAGUCAUAUUGCAAAAUUAGAAAAUGAAAAUGAAAUAAAAAAUCAAUUAAAUGAAGGAUUAAGAGGACAAUUAAAGGAAACCCAAACUCAACUUAGUGAAACUGCAAGAAGAUGCAAUUAA